AUGGUGUUGGAGCCCAGGACUAAGGUCUGGGUACCCGUUAAGAAGUCUCUGGUGCUGUCCGGGGUCCCAUUUCUUGAGGAGAGAAUCCAGCCGGAGGAGGAAGAAGGUAGGCACCGGAAUAGAAUAGGCACAAACGCGCUGGGCAGCACGGAAGAAGGGAGGGAAGCCCCUCAGAGACAUCUAGACCCGGCU